GUGGGCAACUUCUGUUUAUAUGGUAUUAAAAUAGGUUGCCUAGUCUAGAUUCGCAGUUUGCUGUAUCUAUGAAAUGUGAUUGCAUUUUCAGUCACCAUCCCUCACUCCGCUUCAGAUCUUGUCCCCGAAAGGACAUCUUUCGCGACCUUGUGAAAAAAUAAUGAUCCCUAUUGUAUUGAUAACGACGUACAUAGAAUCUGACAAGUAAGCAGCUGAAAUGGUGUAAUUGCGUGUGUUUUGAUUUGGCAACUGGAAGGAAAAACCGAGAACUCGAUCAAAAUGUGGAUGGAUCAGGAAGUGUUUUCUUUGUGCGAUACAUCUCCGGAUAGCCUUUACGACAUCUGCAUGGGAUAUGUGGUCAACAACUUGGACGUAAUCACAACACAAGAUCAACUCAGUCGAUGGCGUAAGUUGAGAGAUAAUAUUAUCCUGCCAGCUGAAAUAUGUGAACGAUUUCUAGAAGCUUACCAGAAAAAGAAUCGCGUUAAUGACAACGUCGCGAAUAUAUUUCGUGACCGUGAUCGCACCCGUCUCACCGUCGUCAAGCUACGCAAUGCGAGGAUCACCGACGAAGGCCUGCGAUGCUUAAUGGAGCACAAACCAGUCACAGUGGAGCUCGUGCAGUGUGAAUAUCUUUCACAGGCCUCCAUAGACAUCAUCAGCGAAAAUAAUGAGAAUCUAGUGGCUCUUAAAUUUGGCCCACUCACUUUUACACCCAAUCCAACUUUUUCAUCCGACAGUUUCUACCACAAACGCCGCCCAGAGGCACACAAGCUGCGACGUUUGACUGUCCAGUGCAGGGGAAUGCUAAUAAUGCCACUUAUGCUAUUAAAGCCACUAAAGAACCUCACACAUCUUGAUCUAUCAGAAUAUUCAUCAGCUGGAGCUUACUCACUGUGCGAGUUGAAAUGCUUACGUUCACUGAUUCUGCACAAUGUGCUCUGGUCCAAGGAGAUUGUUGACUGGAUCUGCGUGCUGCAUAAUCUGCGUCACCUUGAUUUAUCUCAUUCUAAUGACAGACAUGGGAAAUAUUACAAUCCGAAUGAAGUAUUGCUCAAGCUGGUGACCAGUCUGCCACAUUUGGAGUCACUAGAUAUAUCCGGAACAAAUCUAGCUGGUAAUGGGGCUGCAGCUCUGUCGAUAGUGAAGGAUGGAGAGCAGGAAUGUAUGGAGGUUCAGGCUCGCUGUGAUAUCCCCGGGCUGGUGACACGUGUGAACAACCCGCUGGAGUUUCUUGGCUUGUAUGGCACUCACCAUGGAGCUUGCAAGAGACAUGACAUCCCAGCUAAAGUGAUAUCCGGGGAUGCGAACGAGGAGCAGAUCCUAACAGCUGCCAGGGCGUACAUCGAGAGACCGGCGAUGCUGACUCGCGUGCUGAACGACCUGUACUACCUCUUCCGAUACGAGAACAUUGCGUACGUGGGGCGAGCGCUCAACGUCGUGCUGAGGGCCAUGGAGCAGUAUGUCUCGGAGAAGCCCAUACAGAUCUCGGGAAGUGCCACGCUGUUCUACAUAGUGAAGGGGAAGGAGAAGCCCCGCAUCGGCAUGAAGCUCAAACGGCGCAUCAUCACAGCCCUGCUGGACGGUAUGGACGCCCACAUCGGCGACGACACCAUGAUGAGGAACGGCUGCCUCACGCUCUGCCAGUUCAAGAUACCCGGGGACGUGCUAUACGAAUAUGAGCGUGUGGUGCAAAUACUCCUGAACGUGGCCGAAGCGAACCAGGAGUGGUUCGUGCAGCGCAUCGCUAUAUAUCUCCUGAACUCGCUCGCGUGCCAGGUGGACGGCAAGCAGAAGCGUUUCCUCGGCAACAAGGGGGCUAUAGCGAAAAUGCUGAACGUGAUAUCCGAGCGCCUCAACCGUCGCGUGUGCGAUGACGUCAUGGAGGUCGCUUGGUCCACGAUGUGGAAUGUGACGGACGAAACGCCGCAGAACUGCCAGCGGUUCUUGGACAAUCGCGGAAUGGAAUAUUUCCUCACGUGCUUGAAGUGCUUCCCGGACAAAGACGAACUACUCCGCAACAUGAUGGGGCUGCUCGGCAACGUGGCCGAGGUGCCGCACCUGCGGCCCCAGUUGAUGGACACGCUGUUCCUCUCCGUCUUCUAUGAGCUGUUGGACUCCGCCAGCGAUGGGAUCGAGGUGAGCUACAACGCGGCGGGCGUGCUGGCGCACAUCGCGUCGGACGGGCCGGACGCGUGGACGGUGGCGGAGCCGGCGCGCGAGGCGGUGCUGGAGCGCGUGGCGGCCGCGGUGCAGCGCUGGGACCGGCGCGCCGAGCGGAACAUCAACUACCGCAGCUUCCAGCCGAUCCUGACGCUGCUGCACGCGUACCACACGCCGCAGUGCCAGCACUGGGCGGUGUGGGCGCUCGCCAACCUCACCAGCGUCUACCCGGAGAAGUACUGCAACCUGGUGGAAGCCGAGGGCGGGCUGAAGCUGCUGCACGAGCUGCUGCGUCACCGCAGGCCAUACGGCACCAUCAAGGAGCUGGCCGUGAUCGUGAUCAACAACUGCUCGCGCUUCACCCGCGAGAACCCUCCACAAGCCGAGAGUCCGGACAACUAACUAGAGGAGUUCAUUGAGGGCGUCAGCCCUCAAAUACGGGAAUAGCCCAUAAUUGACGAAUGGCUCCAAGAACUCGCCAAUAACGUGGUGGUGAUCGUCGCCGCGUUGCGAGUGCUGUUCGAUUUCCCGUAGACUGGCCAGCGUGGCCCAGCGUCGGCCAAUGUCGGCCACCGUUAAGUGCUGUGCGCAGUGCAGUGAACAAUAGUGUUGGUGUUGUGAUCGGAGUACAAUAGUGUUCGUGGAGUGCUCGGCCAAUGGUGGCACACGUUGGCCAACAUUGCUUUCACUGGCUGUUAUUUAUAGACAUUUGGACGCUCUAACUGCAGCGUGUUUAGUGUUAAUUCUAUUUAAUAAAAAGUUAAUAUAUGAUUAGUUGUAAGCUUGUGCUUCGAUCUGUAUUAUAUAUUUUCCGCUUGGCAUAAGCUUCUUAAAGGAUUUUCGCUCUCUUUGUUGAAGUAUAAUUGAUCUAAUGUUUAUGAUAACAAUUGAUUCAAAAUUAGAGGGCUAAUUGGAUAAACAAUUCUUUUAGUUUACGAUUGAAUUGAAACACUGGUGAAUUUAAACGCGAUUAAAAUAUUACAAUUUUUAGGACAGAUUUAUUUGAAAUAUAAGUCAAUCAAAGUCACAAAUUAAAAAUGCAGCUUGCCUUAAAAAUAUAGGAAAGUAUGUGUUAUAAAGCAAAAAUAAAAUUAAGGGGUAUAAUGGGAUUUUAAAUUGUUUAAAAUUUUAUGUACAUUUAAUGUGUAUAAUAUAAAAAUUUAUAGAGACGUCUCGACAAACUUAGAUUCUUUGUGGGUUAUAAAGCGAGAUAGAAAAUUAGCCUCCGGUUGCCAAAGAUGAAACAUUGAAAGCAAUUCUCGCUCAAAUAAACAAUAUUUUCCAGAUACAAACCAUGUGCUGAUGUUGUGGGCAUUUAAGAGUAAUAAUAACGCAGGAUCGUUAUUAUCAAUUAAUGUUUAACAUUUGAUGAAAAUGUAUAAUACUGAUUAAUAGAACUUGAAAAUUAUUAUAUGUAAAUACUAAAUAUUAAAUAGGUUUGCCAUAUUUUCUUGAAUGGUUUGACCAUUUUAGAUUCUAUCACAUAACAUAGAUUGUAUAGCGAUGCGCCGAACUCUUUAGUCUCUGGGUAAGAUUUGUCCCAGCAGACCAUAAUUUUACGGUAGAAUAAUUACUUAGACUUAACAAUUAUGAUGAGCCGUUAUCUUGGAAUACUUUACUACACUGUUAUAUAGGUGUUGUGUAUAUAGUUCGGCGCAUCCAUUGGUAUUUAGGAAUAAUGUAAUGAGUUGAAUCGCUUCUCUCACUAAGUAUUUAAAUGUCAAUUCUUCUUUGUGAACAUCUUUUGAGAUUAGACGAUAUAUUCCUUUCAAUUAAUUAGAUUUAAAAUUGUAUGUAUUAAAUUAUAAGUGCGAUUUCGAUUCGAGCGACGUGCGUGCUGAUUUUUAACACUACGCAGUAGUGUAGGAAGUGAUGUUAAGAUCUCUUAUCAGUUUGUUAAUAGAAAAUCGGCUGGGUGGUUGGUGACUAAAAUCGCAAAUGUGAACCAAACUCUGUGACUGUUGGGUAGGCUGGGACAUUAUACGUGAGCGAAGUGAAGUUAGCAAUGUACAUUUGGUAGGGCCAGUCUGCCCAAUUAUUGGUUAUAUAUAGUUCCGUGCAAUUUUAGUCAACUGUUUUAAGGUUCCUAAGACACGCACGUAGGUCGCUCCAAAUUUCAUAAACUAUUCUCUUGUAAUUGUUAUAAUACAUAUGAUUAACUGCGUUUCCAAACCUAUAUUUAUUGGAAACUUGUAUAAACUCAUAAUUAUAUUUCGUAACAAUAAGUGUAUGUAACUAAGAAAUAUAUUAUCUUUGAUGUAUGUUUAAGGUUUGUAAUAUAGUUAUCGAUUUGAUUAGUGUUUUUUGCUAAAAUCGUUUCUAUAUUAAGAGGAUAGUGUCACCAACAUCACGGUAAGUUAAGGUACAUUUUAAACAAUAGAGUGUUUAGUCGGGUUUGAAGAUUGUCACACUACUAUAGUGAAAACUUGCAUCUCAAUCAUAAUUCGUAUAGAAUAAUACAUUUAAAUCUUUGGUGUCGAUAUAUUUAAUGUUAGAGAAAUAAUUUAGCAUAAAUGUUUGAAGUUUCGCUUAAAUUCUAAUGCAUCUAUACUGUUAUUCUUUGUGUGUUGUUUGAUACAAGAGUGCGAGUUGGAACAAUAUCGAAUGAGAAAUUAAUGUCUUCACCAUUACAUACAUGUAGGUGUUGUUUUUGAUUGUAAAAGAUCAGACAACUGUUCUAAUGCAAAUUACUAUGAGGUUAUUUUUCUAAAGAGAUAAAUGAGCAAACUUUUUAUAAAACACAUUUAUUCAAGCUUCAGGAAUGAAUUAAACUCGCACUCGACAUUUGGGAUGUAAUAGAAAUAUAUUAAUACAAUAUUUGGUGUCAUUGAUGUUAUAAAUUAUAAUUAAAAUUAUAUUUACGAAUAUUCUGCAGCUUGGGAGUACUUUCAACCCUUUAUUAUUUGUUUGAAGUUGUAUUAUUGUUUGCACCGGAACAAUUUAACAAGCUUUUUGUUUAAACAGUGUGACAAUUAUCUGUUUUUUUUGUCUAAUACUUUUUCUACCCUAUUAUGCAUAAGUUUAUUUGAAAAUAUAUUUCGUCCAUUGUUAACUUGUUUUCUUAGUCAUGAUUUAGAAUAUUGUACACUUUUGUUAUUUAUACAUAAGUAUAAGAUGAUUACUCUUGAAAAGAAGUUAGAUUUUAUGUGUCGUCAAUAAAAUAUUAAAAAGUUA